AUGCCUCAAAACGAGUACAUCGAGCGCUUCACAAAGCAGCACGGUAAACGACUCGACCACGACGAACGAGUGCGGAAACGGACCGCCCGCGAAGCCCACAAUGCAUCGAACAAGUCUCAGAACCUGCGCGGCCUACGAGCCAAACUCUACCAGCAAAAGCGGCACAAGGAGAAGAUCCAGAUGAAGAAGGCGAUCAAGCAGCAGGAAGAAAAGAACGUCAAGUCCUCCGAAGAUGCACAGCCUUCCAGCACUCCGCUGCCCAGCUAUUUGCUGGACCGCAGCAAUGUCACGAAUGCCAAAGCGCUGAGUUCGGCGAUCAAGAAUAAGCGGGCGGAGAAGGCGGCCAAGUUUGCCGUGCCGUUGCCCAAAGUGCGUGGUAUCAGUGAGGCGGAGAUGUUCAAGGUGGUGAAGACGGGCAAGAAGACGGCGAAGAAGAGCUGGAAACGGAUGAUCACCAAGCCGACGUUUGUCGGGCCGGACUUCACUCGCCGGCCGGUGAAGUACGAGCGUUUCAUCCGGCCUAUGGGUCUGCGGUACAAGAAAGCGAAUGUCACGCAUCCCGAGUUGGGGGUGACGGUGCAAUUGCCGAUCAUCUCGGUCAAGAAGAAUCCGCAAAACCCCAUGUACACCCAGCUGGGCGUGCUGACAAAGGGCACGAUUAUCGAGGUCAAUGUUUCGGAGUUGGGGUUGGUGACGGCGGGUGGCAAGGUGGUUUGGGGCAGAUGGGCGCAAAUCACGAACAAUUGUGAGAACGACGGUUGCGUUAAUGCGGUUCUGUUGGUGUGA